AUGGAAGAGGUAUUGAUUUGUGUCCCCACGACUCCUAAUGCUAGGGCAAAGCGAAGGAUUGCUGCCCUCAUGGAUGAAAUUGAGAUUUUGAAGCAGGACAAAGCGAUGAAGCAAAGGAAGACAACCUAUUAUGUUUCGCAGGGACGAGCCAUUCGUCGUAUGGUCGUCCUUUACACACCCAUCGAGGAUCUCAUUACUGAAAAUGACAGGUGCUGUGAGGAUAGAAACACUGGUGACUGCGCUGUACCCAGUGCAGAACAGGACCGCCUUCAACGUGGCUAUGUCGAACUCACCAAGGUAUUACCAUGGAUCCAUGAGAAGCUGGCAAGCCUUGAUAACGAGGAAUCAGAAGAUAUGCUCAAAAAGCUCAAGCAAGGCACAGACUCGGCUUGUGGUGACGACACAGGCACCCUCAAGGAGCUCAUGGCUUUGUGGGUAAAUAUUGAACGUCGUCCGACUUCGCUCCUUAGGGCUGACGACAAGCAUCAUCGAGGCUUCAUGAGCAAUGCUUGCAGUAAAUUACUCUGCCCAGCAGAAUGGCACUGGGAUGAUCCAAUCGUCAAGGCUGGCAUUCGUGACCGUACAGUUACAUUCAUUGUUUCAGGGAAUUUGUGGCCGUCGUAUAUGUAUGAAGACUAUGAAGCUGACUCGAAGAAUCUAGAGCGCGGUCUCAUGAAGUCGAAAUUAUUGCUCAUUCCAUUGCAGGCAUUUAAGGCCAUCUUUACUUCUCCCUCCUCCGCCAAUGAAGUUGAUGGCGAAGUGAAAACGUGUGUGGCCUCUAUCAUAGGUAUGAGAAAAGUGACCCCUCGCGCAAUCGCGUACACAGCUUGUCAGGUCCGAUUUGCCCUUUCCAACAUCACGUCCUGGCGCAUCAUGGAUGGUGACUUCGAUUAUCAAAUUUUCUGGAAUAACAGAGUAGACUUCUUUGAGGACACUCUGGGACCGGCUGCACGAGCCAGGGUGAACGAGUUACUUGAGUGGUGGACCAGGCAAGUCACCGACCAUCAGUAG